AUGCGAGAAAAUCACCUGAUCCAGCGCCCGAAACUCGGGCGUUGCCUGGAGCGGGGUUAUACUCUCCCUCCAGGCGCCACGUUUGGCCAUAAAAAUGUCAAAUCUGACGGUGGUACUGCAGGUGCGCUUCAGUACUCUCCGCUCAAUGCAAGAAUAAAGUCAGCUUCGCCGGAAAUGAUGCAGAAGGACUUUGUCAGGCUAAAUCGAGCAGCGCUCAAGGCUGGCUGCAUUUCUGCUUCUGGACAAAAACAGUUUCGAGCAUUGAAUGAUUACCGACUUACUCCUCCAUCACGUGAUGUCAAACCUCGAAUUUCAGUUCCAGAAGAUAUGACAUUCGGCAAACCGUCACGACCAAAAUCGCCAAUCUACGAAGUCAUCGAGCACAAAUUCCAGAAAAACUGGCUGAUUGAAAGAAAACUUCAAGAUCAACGUCUCGCUCAGCAAAAAGAAGAAGAAUUAAACAUCCAGCGGAAGAAACUUCAGGGCACCCUCACUUCUGCUCUCAGAUCUACCCGAUCAAAGAACCCAGAUGAUAAAGUAGAUGGCCCGCAGUGGACAAUGAAGCGAUUCAAAUCCGCCGGGCCAAAGAUAAAUGCAAGUUUCUUUCGAAAUUCUAGUUGA